UCUAUGCUGUCGUUGCUGUCUUUGGUGUUAUUUUUCUGCUGUUGGCUUUGGUUUUAAUCAUGAGGAAGGGAUAUUUCUUUUUAUCUUGUAUUAAAGGAAAUACCAGGGAGAAUAAAAGAGGUGCAGAAAGACAGGCGAAUGCAGUGAACGAGUACGCUUCUGCGUGUGAAAUCAGUCUUUACGAUAUCCCCUCAGAGCAUGAUUCAUUAAAUUGUCAAUCAAAUGACGGCCCAGUAUACGACGUUCUUGAGGGACCUGGUGACAAACAAAAUACUGACCAAUCACAGAACGUCUACGCGAGUGUGAACGACGGGUGUGUGGAAGAGGAGGACCCGGUGGACCCCAUCUCUCGCUCGGGGAAUUUUGAGGUAAGUUUUCUCGAAGAGAUAUACAGUACCCUCGCUGAGGAUCGCGGAAAUGAUGCUGGGAACAUCUACGAAUCAUUACGUCGCGAUCAAAAUGAAAAUGAAAAAAAUGACGGAUGGUCGGUUGAGGGGAUGAAGAGUUGUGAUCAGGAUUAUGUCUCUGUUGUAAAUGAAUAAAAAAACCGGGGCUCUGAGAUACUACAGUUGUACAAAAAUAUAGAAAAAGAAACAUCUUUAUAUGGGAAAUUUCAGACAAUAAUAUACAGUAAGUCUGAAGAUGUGUGAAAUCUUUGAAUCCAACUCUUAAUUUGUGUACAUUACUGGCAUAAUUAUAACAGACAUUACUGGAUGAAUCCAACUAUUGUGUAUGAACAAUUCUGGCACAAAAAACAUAUUAUAAAAUGUACUCAAACAAUCUGACAACAAUAUUUUGAAAAAAUUGGAUC